AGAGCUUACUCUGCCCUAAUUCCAACGCGAAAUCGAUGAAAUAAUGCUCCCAACGUUUAACUGUUUAAAGACCAUUCCAAAAACCCAACCUUUUGCGUGUUUUCUCUCGCCAUGACCCUAAUCUCAAGAUUUUUGAUCUCUAGAGUGAUUAGUAGAACUCUGUUUUCGAAUCAGAAUAAUAGAGCAGCUAUUAGGGUUUCUGUUAGGUUGCCACAAUUCAGAAUUCAGAGUAAUGGAUAUCACACAUUGGGUCUUCUUCAUAAUGUUAAAGGAAGGCUUUUAGGUAAUCAUCAUGUCGCGCGGAGGUGCUAUUCGAUUGCAUCUGCGAGUAAUGUAGUUAAGCAACAUGCUCAAGUCUCUUGGGGAAGGCUUCUACAGAGAGUAACUUUGAAUCGUAGUUGGAACUUACCUCGGAUUAGUCAGAUUGCUCAAGCGUUUAGCUUGUCUUUAGCCCGUUCGCACUUGUUGUUACCCGGUUUCUUGGCUCUUACUUGUAGACAAUUUGCAUAUGCGCAAAGGGUGGCUCCAAGUCCUGUCAUUUAUUCUCCUUCACACGUUUCUCCUUAUAGGAGUUCGAUAAACUUCCCUAUCGUUAUCUCGUCUUUAUUGUUUUCUGCGAUCAAAGGUGUUGUUCUGAUUGGGAGAGCUCUCUAUUUAGCAGUUUUGUUUUCUCCAAAUGUUCUAAUGGCGUUGUUAGGAUUUGCGUGUGGGCCUCGUUACAGAAAGCUGCAGUAUGAGGUCCUCCAUCGAACUCUGGAAAGAGCAGGUCCUGCUUUUAUCAAAUUUGGCCAAUGGAUUGCCACACGACCUGAUCGGUUUAACAAGGAUUUGUGUUUGCAGCUUUCAAAGCUUCACAGUAAUGCUCCUGAGCACAGUUUUGCGUUCACCAAAAAGAGCAUCGAAACUGCAUUUGGUCGUAAACUCUCUGAGAUAUUUGAGGAAUUUGAUGAGGCGCCAGUGGCAUCUGGGAGUAUAGCUCAAGUACACCGAGCUUCCUUGAAGUUUCAGUAUCCAGGACAAAAGGUGAAGUCUUCGGAAGUUGCUGUUAAAGUUAGACAUCCUUGUGUUGAGGAGACGAUGAAGCGAGAUUUUGUGAUAAUUAAUUUUGUGGCAAGGCUAACUACUUUUAUUCCGGGGUUGAAUUGGCUUAGAUUGGACGAGUGUGUGCAACAGUUUAGUGUCUACAUGUUGUCCCAAGUUGAUCUCUCAAGGGAAGCUUCUCAUUUGAGUCGGUUUAUAUAUAACUUCCGUGGAUGGAAAGAUGUCUCUUUUCCUAAGCCCAUCUAUCCGCUAAUACAUCCCGCUGUUUUGGUCGAGACAUAUGAGCACGGAGAGAGUGUGGCUCGUUAUGUCGAUGGCUCAGAAGGUCAUGAAAGGCUUAAGGCUAAAGUAGCUCAUAUCGGAACUCAUGCUCUCUUGAAAAUGCUCCUGGUCGACAACUUCAUUCAUGCUGAUAUGCAUCCUGGGAAUAUUCUUGUCCGGCCAAACAAUACUCGAAGAGGUCUGUUCAGAUCGAGGAAGCCACACAUCGUUUUCCUAGAUGUGGGCAUGACUGCGGAACUCUCAAAAAUUGACCGAGAUAACCUACUCGGGUUUUUCAAGGCAGUUGCACGUAGAGACGGCCGGACUGCUGCUGAACGAACACUUAAAUUAUCUAAACAACAGAAUUGUCCUAAUCCUCAGGCCUUUAUCAAGGAAGUAGAAGAUGCAUUUACAUUCUGGGGAACAGAGGAAGGAGAUUUAGUCCAUCCAGCUGAUUGUAUGCAUGAACUAUUCGAGAAAAUGAGGCGUCAUAGAGUUAAUAUCGACGGCAACGUGUCCACCGUGAUGUUUACAACAUUAGUUCUCGAGGGUUGGCAACGGAAACUUGAUCCGGGAUACGAUGUGAUGCGUACGCUACAAACAAUGCUGCUGAAAACGGAUUGGAUGAAAUCACUUUCUUACACGAUCGAUGGACUAAUGGCUCCGUAGAUUGAAAAGGUUCAAUCUUU